UGUGAACUCAAACACUCGCAACCAUGUGCGCUCAGUCACAGACAUAGUCUGACAAGCCAUAACAUAUUACUGCCAUCUUCCUCAAACUUCUUGGAUCAAAGGAAUGAGUAGCACCUAUUGAGAUGCUUUAUGGGAAGUUGUUGACCACACCACGCACAAUAUUUUCAGAAUGAGAAAACAGAUCCCAACAAACCCCAGCUGCUUCAAAAUGAACCCACCAGUUGCACAUGUUGACAACACCACACUGGAACAACUGACCAGCCCACUAAUGACCGUUGCUGUACCUGUUAUCUACAUAGUGGUGUUUAUUAUCAGCACUCCGUGCAACAUCAUUGCCCUCGUUCUUCUCUGUGGCCAUACGAAACGGGCAACGCCUACAGUCAUCUAUUCUAUUAACCUUUGCCUGGCAGAUCUGCUCUACAGCAUCACGCUACCUCUCCAAGUGGACUAUCAUCUCCGACGCAACGACUGGCUGUUUGGCUCGAUGGCUUGUGGAAUUUCAACAGCUGCCUUCUACUGCAACAUGAGCUGCUCCAUCCUCACCACCAGCGCCAUAGCUCUGGAGCGGUACUGUGGUGUGGUACACCCUUUGAAAACCAGAAAUCUGCGGAGCAUCCGGAAAGCUGUUCUGACCUGCAUCCUCAUUUGGAUUGUUAUUCUUGCAUUCCAGAUCCCCUAUGUCUUGUAUGACUUUAAUAUGAGGGUUCCUCAACUCAACGUGACGACCUGUUUUGAUGUGCUUCCUAACCACGCUUUUAAAGGAACGAAAGGAUAUAUCUACUUUGUUACCAUGUACGUACUCUUCUACGUCGUGCCGAUGGUCAUUUUAGUGGUGUGUUAUUACGCAGUGGCUCGUGCCCUUAGACAGUCGCUUGAUGCAGGAAUCCAUCGUUCACACAAGCGGACACAGAUUCUGGUGAUAGUAGCAGCUCUUUGCUUCAUCGUCUGCUACCUCCCUAAUAUGAUUGUCCAGCUUAUCCACAUGGUUUAUCGCGGUAAGGGUAAAAGCAUCUAUGCCUACUACAAGUUCACGUUGAGUCUAAACUGUCUCAAUUGUUGCUUUGACCCUUUUUUGUACUAUCUUGCGUCCAGCGAGCUCCGGCAAGCACUGUGGCGGUUGCUUCGCCGAUGGAACUGCUGCUCAAAUGUGGGGGAGGAGCUCGUUCUGUCUGAUUUACCCAGUACCACCAGAGGGAAUCAGAAUGACAACAGAGACCUCCUGAUCAGUCAAUAAUGAAUCAUACUCAACCUCAAUAUACAGUGCUGUGAAAAAAAUAUUUGCCCCUUAGAGAUUUCUGACAAAUUCUGACAAAUCAGACAAAUAUAACCUAUGAAUAUAACCUAUAAGAGUUGGCGAUAACUGGCAACAAGUCUUCCACAUCUCUGUGAAGGAAUUUUGGCCCACUCUUCUUUGCAGAAUUGUUUUAAUUCAGCCACACUGCGUAAGGGGUCAAACAUCCACCCAAGAAACUCCAAAUCCCAGAGUUCCAAGCGCUGUUCAAUGCAAACUAUGCACAGAUGUAUACAGGUGCAUCUAAAAAAUAUAUAAUUGAAAAGUUAUUUUAUUUCAGUAAUUCAGUUCAAAAUGUGAAAAACUCAAAAAAUCAGUGUCUUAAAAAAGGGUAAACUAUAAUACAGAUCAAGACCAACUGGUACUUUUGGAAGUGUGGGCAGUGCGCCAAGUCCUGCUGGAAAAUGAAAUCCACAACACCAGCAAUUGACAUGGCAGAUGACAUGUCUCUCCAAAUCAUCACUGAUGCAUUUAGAUCACUUUGUGUGUAAUCCAUCUAUAUAAUAUAUGAGUUUCACAUUUUGAACUGAAUUACUAAAAUAAGUUUUCAAUGAUAUGUCAAGCAGCACGCUCUUUUCACACCUUUUGUAGAGGGAUGACUGGUAUUGACAAAACAAGCUAAUAAAAAGAAAAGAGAAAAAAAAGAAAAUAAGAAAGAGGAGAUCUUAAAAGAUAAAAAAAAAAGUUGUAUUGCCAAGAAACAUUGCUACAACAGAAAAAUACCCAUCUGCCAAACACAAAUUUCCUUACUUUCCUUUUUGCUAUGUUAUAAGGGUUAUUGACUUAAUACGAUAAUCAUUACUGAUGUCACAAUAAUGUACACUUUGUAACGAGUUUGUAAAAUGUUUAUCUGCAAGCUUGUUCUUUUUACUGUGUAUUUAAGCUACUUUUUUACCAGCAAAAAUUAAAUAAUUUGAGCUAAUCUAUAGGUCUAUACAAAAGCAUUAACUGUAAAAAAUAAAAAUAUAUCAUGGAUUACACUUGCUAAACGUGAUAGAAUUUCAGAAUUCAGAAUUUCAGGGUUACCUCAGGGGACAGCUGACAAGUGACACCGAUACCUGUAUAUCUUACAAGGUAUUAUUUUAUAUGUUUUAUAUUUUAUACAAGUCUUUGAUAUCUUUAAACUUUCUUUAUGAAGCUUUUAUUUUUAUUUGAUGUUGCAACCAUGUCCAGAGGCCACAUUCAACCAUUCCAUUAAAAUGCAAUUUCAUUAAAAGAGAACUUCAGUGUAAAAUGGACUUUUGUUGUAGUAAAACAUGAUCAAAAGUACUUACCUUUGUUGAAUAGCCCACCACCGUUCUCCCACAGCAUUCCGAGAUACAGAAAUUUUAACAGUUUGUCCAAACACCCUUCAGACUGGGUGACACGGGGCACAAUUUGCCCCGAUAAAUCGCUUUUUACACCGUUAUCCAGCUCAAAUUAGCUUAAAAUGAGCAUAAAAUGAGUCAUUUAAUGACUUAAAAAGUGCGCAAGAAGCUUAUUAAAAAACACUGUUUACAUUCUGUGCCGCUUGCUUUAGCUCCGAGCGCUGCCAUAACUGUACUGGUAAUGACAUAGACAUAUAUAUAUAUACAUAGACUCUGCAGCCGGAGCCUGGAUAACGGUGGAAAAAGUGAUGUGAAAAAUUAUGCCCCGUUUUACCCAGUCUGAAAGGUAAACUUAAAAUUUCUGGAUCUCGGAACACUGUGGGAGAACGGAGGUGUGCUAUUGAUCAAAGGUAAGUACUUUUUUAUCAUGUUUUACUACACCAAAAGUCCAUUUUACACCAGAGUUCUCCUUUAAGAGAAUAUUUUAUUAAAUACUGAACUAAUACAUAUUUAUGAGGUUUGUUACCUCACUGAUCCAGCACUGAAACCCUCACUCACUGCUGUUGUCUGUUUCAAUUUUAUUUUUUUCAAUUCAAUUUUAUUUAUAUAGCGCUUUUUACAACAAAGGAUGUCACAAAGCCGCUUUACAGGAAAAACAGGUCCACGCCUCUUAUGAGCAGCACCACAGAGAUGCCAAUUUUAUGGUGACACAGUGGCAAGGAAAAACUCCCUUUAAGAGGAAGAAACCUUGGAAGGAACCAAGACUCAGUCCGAGGAACCCAUCCUACUCGGGUUGACCCGCUCACUACAAACAAACAACAAACAAAUAACAGAACAAAAACAGUACAGAGAAUUAAUGUGAACUAUGGCUAAUAUAACAGGUACUAAUUUAUGAAUAUAAGAAUGUGAUGGGCACAAACUAUAGAGCUAUGGCUAAUACAGAAACAGAUACUGAGUGUGUUAAUCAGUGCAGGGCUGCAGAGCCGGAGAACAACACAGCGGGCAGUGGAGAGCCAGGCUGGGAACAUCAGGAACAGGGCAUCUCCAUACAUGUAAAAGAGAUAGAUAGAGAAAACAGAAAGGAAAGGAAGAGAAACAAAAAAAAAGCAGAAGUUAGAAGGGUUGUGAAAUAAUUCUGAGUAGAAGGACAGGGCUGAUUCCUGAAAGCUGGAACCACAGACGGACAGAUCCAGGCAGACCGGCCGGGCAUCUCAGCACAUGUGAGAAAGAUAGAGAGAGAGAACAGAGAGGGGAGGGAAGAAAAAGGGGUUAGAAUGGUUUUAUAAAACUCUGCUGGAGUGGGAUGGGCACUGGUAGCAGCAGCUCAGGACAUGGGGAGAGAAAGAGAAAGCAGAUGAUUAGGACAGGGUUUAUAUUUGCUGGAUAAGCUGUAAGAGGAAGAAAAUUGUAAUGAGACAUUACUCAAAAGCUUGAGCAAAUAGAAAUGUUUUGAGUCUAGAUUUAAAGAUUGAGAGUGUGUCUGAGUCCCGUAUAUUAAUAGGGAGGCUAUUCCAAAGUUGGGGAGCUUUAUAAAAGAACGCUCUUCCUCCUGCAUAGUUUUUUCUAAUACGCGGGACUAAUAACAGGACAGCGUCUUGGGAGCAGAGUGAACGCGGCGGAUUGUAAGGAGUAAGGAGUUCCUGUAGAUAAUGCGGGGCCAGACCAUUAAGGGAUUUAUACGUCAGGAGAAGUGUUUUAUAAUCUAUACGAAAUCUAACAGGUAGCCAAUGUAGGGAUGAAAGAAUAGGUGUAAUGUGAUCAAACUUUCUUAAUCUCCUCACAUCCAUUUUCCCAUUGUGUGCUUAUGUUCCUCACAUUGCUGCAAAUCAGAUCUGUAUUGGAUUUCAGAACCACAUUUUGAAGUGGCCUGAAUUGGAAAUUGAAAAAUCUGAAAAUUCUGAUUCGGUAUUUUAGACUACGAGUAGUAUCUUUCCUGUGGUGUUUAACUUAACGCAAUGUGUUUAUUUGUACAGUGUUUAAAUGAACAGUGUGUUUUUCUAUGUGUUUAUAUGUACAGUAGGUGUGUAUUUUGUAUUUUAUCUUACUGUUGGAUUGGAAAUAUUUGAAAUGUGUUCAUUUUUUUGAAAGCAGUAUGUAAUUUGCCAUGUAUAGGGUAAAAAUAAAAACAUAGUAUUAAGCACUUUUAACAAAGGUG